AUGUUUAGUUAUGAUAACUGCAUUCACGAUACUAACAAUUGUAAUUCACAUAUAGAAUCAAUUGUGAUAUAAAUGUAUUUUUAUUUCAGUAUAUCAGUAUUGAUAUAAAAGAUUGAAUCGUUAACAGUAACAAACAGUAUAGACCUUUAUCAAUGAGAUUGUGUGACGUUAUGACUCAUCGUAAAACUAUUAUGUCAUACAGCACCUACCCUUUAUAGCCCUGCCAUAAUGUCUCAUUAAACUUAAAGAAAGUUAUGGUCUUUAAUCACAGUACUCUACUGUAAGUUAACUAUGUUGUGUCUAAAAACAUAACAAAACGAUCCUGCUGGUCGUUUUAGCCCAGCCUUUCCCGUUGCUGUAGGCGUGGUAUCUGCUAUACUGGAAACAAACAGCUGUCUCCCUACUUCCUACAUCUCGAUAUCUGGUUAAAACUACAGUACGGGACUGUGCUGAACUCUGUCUAUUGUAACAGCCUGGCUCUUGCAGUACGCGCGUCUCACUGAGGAGGAAUAAUUAGCCAUAGCUGUUAACAGAAGGGGAGCAUUGUUUAUUGGAUACAGUUCCACGGAGUUCUUGUUGUAAUUAUUACUGGGGGACCAGAUUGCACCAGAGCGUGUCUGACACUGAUAGCACUGCAUUCUGCAUCCAAGCAUGAAGUGAAUGGGACCAGGGAUUCAACGGGGUUCUGUUUUGUUGUGAAUGCUGCAACUGGAUUCAAAGGAAACUACAAUACAGUAAAGGAUGAGUGGAGGAGAAAUUAUCUACCAGGGCUGGUUAAGAAAGUCCCCGCCAGAGAAGAAAUUAAGGCGAUACGCGUGGAAGAAGCGCUGGUUCAUCCUUCGCAGCGGGCGGAUGAGCGGGGAUCCAGACGUGCUCGAGUACUACAAGAACGACCACUCCAAGAAGCCCAUCCGCGUCAUCGACCUGCACUGCUGUGAGCAGGUGGACGCCGGGCUCACCUUCAAGAGGAAGGAGUUCCAGGACAGCUUCGUCUUCGACAUCAAGACCUCCGACCGCACCUUCUACCUGGUGGCCGAGACCGAGGACGACAUGAACAAGUGGGUGCGCAGCAUCUGCCAGAUCUGCGGCUUCAACCAGUCCGAGGAGAACAACGAUGCUACCAGAUCCAUGAUGUCUUCAAUCCAUGCCCCCCGCUCCACACCAGCAGAUCUGAGUGGUUCUAUCCCUCCACUAAUAGGGGAGCGGAAAUCUUCAGCCCCCGCACACUCCAGUCAGCCUGUUCUCUUCACCUUUGACACCCCACUGCGUCACUCCCAGACCACUCUCUCCACCAGCGCCCCCCAGGAUUAUCUAUUCCUACAUCAGUGCAGGAGCAUGAAAAGUGAGAACGUCAGGAGUGCCAGCUUCUCCCAGGCCACGCGGUCCUCCCUGUUGAUCGGCAGUGACACGGCGGUGCAGAAGCUGUCCCAAGGUUUCGCACACUGCCUCAACGGGAUGGGCGCCCAGCUACAUGGCUUCUACAGCCUGCCCAAACCCAGCAAGCAUCAGCACCCCUUUCUGGGGGAGCAGCAGCGGGACUCUAGCUACGACCUGCCCAGAAGCUUCGGCUCGGAGGGCCACGUGCGGGCCAGCCUGCCCGAGCUGGAGCUGGAGAAUGAGGAGGUGUACACCUUCAAGACCCCCAACAACACCCUGGCCACCGACAACUAUGACCUGCCCACCCUGCCCGGCUCAGUCUACCAGAUCCCCCGCACCUUCACCUUCGACACGAACCACAAUGCGCUGGGCAUGGGGGCCACCGACUCGGCCGGAGCUCCGCCGCCGCGGCCCCCCAAACCGGGACAGAUAUCUGAGCAGUGGGGCAUCAUGAAGCACAACGGGGAAAGUGCCUCUGUGGCUGCCAACCCCCGGAGGAACACGCUGCCCGCAGUGGAGAACUUCAGGCUGUAUCGAGCCUCCUCUUUUGAGACGAACGACCACCCUCAGCAACUCAGCUUCAGCAGUACCGGCCAGUCCGUGGAGUCGGUUCACGACGGGUUCAGCUCCUAUCUUAGGACAAAAGCUUCUGUGGCUCGUUCGGACAGCGGCGACUCUGAAGACAACUAUGUGCCAAUGAACCCGGGCUCCUCCUCCUCUCCCUUUAACACUGCGUCAGCCAACAACCCUCAGAGCAUCUACAUUCCCAUGAGCCCCGGCCCACACCACUUCCACUUCCCAUCGGUCUGCUCGGCAACCCUCCCUACGCGCAAGAGCAGCACUGCCUCCCCGUGCCAUCGACCUGGGCGUCUCAGUGACAUCACACCUCCCCCCGUCGACCGCAACCUUAAACCAAAACCAACACCUCUGGAUUUGAGAAACAACCUUGUUAUUGAUGAGUUCCCACACAAGUCUCCAGUCACCAAGUCCUGGAUUAGACCAGUGCCAGUCAUGAACUCUAUCUCCACACAAAACUGUCGACCCAUAUCCACACAAAGCAUUACCAGUACUGAUUCAGCGGACAGUGAAGAUAACUAUGUUGCAAUGCAAAACCCUGUCUCUACCUCUCCUGCAAACAGUGGCACAAGCAGCCCUGCUCCUAGGAAGUGCGUCAAUGUCGACUAUCUAGAUCUGGACUUUAAACCGAAUUCACCGAUCCCACACAGAAAGCCCUCCACGUCCUCUAUUACCUCAGAUGAGAAGGUGGACUACGUGCAGGUAGACAAAGAGAAGACGCAGGCGCUCCAGAACACUAUGCUGGAAUGGACAGAUGUCCGACAGUCUUCAGAAUCCGCCAAGGGAGUGAAGUCCUGAUAGAGAAACAGCAAGACAGAACGAGACGUAACGUUCCCUCAGAAUCAACGUGCUGUUCUCAACUCUAGUACCUGAUAUCGCCAAUACUAACAAUGUUAUUUUCGAAAAACAAACAUUUUCUUUGUGAAACAGACUUUACUGGAGGUCUGAACUAUUACGAAUGGUUCAUUUUAGCAAACAUUUUUCGUAAGCUUUACAGCAAAUUCUGGUCAUUCUCCAGUGGCGCAUGUCUUCUCACUGUGUCACGAAAGAACAGUGAAAGAAUACAUAGAUGAGUCCAUGAAGAUGAUACUGAAUAGGUGCAGCUUUUAAGGCAUUAAUGCUCAGUAUAUUUAUAUCUGGCUCGACACUGUUUUGUUCUCAGUACAAGAACCAAACCAUGAUGUAAUUUGAAAAAAUGGUCCAGUAAGAUAGAUGAAAACAACUGCAGUGAAAAUCUCAGUUCCAAGGUUAAAGUCAAAUAUAUACACAGAAAAAAGAAACACUUUAUGUUGAUGGUUAUGCAAGAUCAGAAACCUUUCAAAACAAAUUGUGAGUUAUAAUACUUAGCAACAGGGUCAGUUUCAUAUUGCCCAUUACAAAUGCACACACGGUACUUGGGCAGCAUGCUAUAGUGUCUUAAUGAACUAUGCCUUUGGAAAGCAAAGCUGUUGGAAUACGAUAUGGGGGCUAUGUGCAUCAGUCUUCCAAGGGUUUCUUCAGAAUACAUACAAACACAACGGAGGAGCUCACUAAUGUUCCUAAUUUGUACACAUAUAAGCCUGUUUUUAAUCAGCUGUGGAAAAGCUGUUUAUUAAUAUAAGUGACUGUAUAUAAAUGUGCAUGUUUUAUCCUUCUGUAAUCCACUAAUCCCUGGUAUUUCAUUCAGUGCUGCACAAGUUAAACAGGUUAACUAUAGUGAAGAAUAUUACAGUUUUUUUACAAAGCAGGAUUGAACUGCAGCUGAGUGUAUACGUGAUCUACUGUGUGAUGCGUUGAUGUAUCAUCUGCCAGUGCCAAUGGCUAACAGAAAUGAAAACACAGAUUUUUUUAACUCACAGUCUUUUUAAAUGCUGCCUUAAUGGCAUACUUACUUUAAAAACCAAGGUUCCUUUCUUCAGUUCCUAUUGCAACACUGCCCUGCUAAAAAUGGAUGUAUUUCAAGUAUAACCCUAGAAUAUAAUUAAAUUACAACACUCAUAUCCUUUUAUCAACUUUGAAAAAGAAUCAAAUAACAAGAACUGUGAUAACGAAAACUGCUAAAAGCCACUAAAAGGAUAGCACCACCAUAAUUAAAUCCAAAACUAUUGGUUUGAGAAAAGACAAUUGAACUGCUGACCAGCUUAAGCAUCUAUGCGAACCACUGUUUGGUUGGUCUUAUUCCAAAUGGUAUAUACAGGAUAAGUUUAAGAUGAUUACCCUAAAGUUAUUUUCAGCUUGCGUUUACAAACUAAAAACACAAGGGUAUAGAGAAAGUAACCAAGAAUGGCCAACUUGUGUCUGAAACUUGUUACUUAUUUUUUAUUGUGACUUUGUAUUUUUUUUUUUUUUGAAAGAAUGAAAUCAAGAAAUAACUUUAAGCUGUUGUCUGCUUUUAAAAUGUUGUUGUUCACCUUUUUUUUUUUUUUUUACAAAUAAUGUUUACAUUAAUUGUGUUGCACUUUUCUAUGGUUAUUGUCAAAUUCAAUAUUUAAAAGCAAAUACAAGAGGUUAAACUUUCUUUAAGCUGUUUGAAAAAAAAACAAAAACAUUCUGAAUACAGAGCCAAGCAGCGGGCAUGCAUUUGUACCCCUCCACAAAGUGAAACAAGCACACUGCAAGGGGCCGGAAGGACAGCCUCCAGUGAAAUUCAUUUUGAAGGAUCACUGAGGGAGGUUUGGCUUGAAGUAGCAUGGGUGGUUAAAAAACGUAACAGCCAAAAAACAGUGGAACUCAAAGCCCUGUCACACAUCUCAAGAGUAAGCCAUUUCAAGAAGCUCUACGCACACAAGCUUUGCAUCUAGACUGAGUCCAUUUCUGGAAACCAUCCUGUCAUGAAAGUGAAAAUGAGCUCUUGAUACAGGCCGGAGCAGCUGCACGGAGAAAACAUGAAGACACCCUGGAGGGCCAGCAUCAAUUCUUAUCAUUGGAUCGGAUGAGAUACAGGGGUCUUGUCUGGGAGUGUGCAGACUGUCCCAGGCAGCAAACACAAGCCUAUCAUGAAAUCAAUAUCAACUGAUACUCCCUCGGGGCCUUAACAACACAAAUGGCAUUUAUCUAUCAAUAUAUGCUUUUAUUGGGGGAAACUUUGAAUCAGUUUUUCUUAAUUUAACAGGAGAAACAAAAUUGCAAUAACAGCUUCACUGAUAUUGCUUUCAAUCAGGUCCGAGAUUUCUAAGUGGGCUGGGACCACUUAUUUAAAGAUUGUACUUUUUUUUUAAUUUAAAUGUGAAAAUGCAUUAAAUAUUUAAAGGUUAUUUUUUAACUGACAAGCUGACUUGGUUUGGCGCUGUGGCCAAUCACCCUGUUUUUUGCUUUUUAUACAAGUUAACAGAUAAAGGAAAUGCCAUUUGUGAUAAAGUCUUAUGCCACAGAUCACAAUAUAAAAAUAGAGUGUAAUCGUGAGCUAGUUUCUACUGUGUAUGGCCUUCACCAUGCUUGUUAUUAUGAUUAUAUAUAUAUUUUUUUAAUUUAGUCGUUGCUUAUUAGUUUUUUAUUGUUUUCUCCCCAAUUUGAAAUGCCCAAUUAUUUUUAGGCUCAGCUCACCGUUACCACCCCUGCGCUGACCCGGGAGGGGCGAAGAUGAACACACGCUGUCCUCCGAAGCGUGUGCCGUCAGUCGCCCGCUUCUUUACACUCUGCAGACUCACCGUGCAGCCGCCUCAGAGCUACAGCGUCGGAGGACAACGCAGCUCUGGGCAGCUUACAGGCAAGCCCGCAGGCGCCCGGCCAGACUACAGGGGUCGCUGGUGCGCGGUGAGCGGAGGACACCCUGGCCGACCUAACCCUCCCUCCCCCAGGGCGACACUCGGUCAAUUGAGCGCCGCCCCCUGGGAGCUCCAGUCCACGGUCGGCUGUGAAAUAGCCUGGAUUCGAACUCGCGAUGUCCAGGCUAUAGAGCGCAUCCUGCACUCUAGCGAGUGCUUUUACUGGAUGCGCCACUCGGGAGCCCUCAUUAUGAUUAUAUUUUAACCAUUACCCUUAACCAACAAACCUAACCAAAGUAUCUGCCAGUCCUGCUAAACAGCACAAGGCCUUAGAAAGGCAGAACGCAGUAACUUUUUUUUUAACUAAUCUGAGAUCCUGUUGUUUGCAACCAUUGAUGCUUCUACGAGGUGAGGUGGGAUUUUUAGCACCACACGUUCUAAUGGGGAAAGGGUUGACGUAGUGAUACAGUGACUGUCAAGGCUGUUGUUUAAUGCCUGGAGGGUCUGUAUAAAUUUGUGUGUCUUCAGCAGGACAAACAGAUGGGGCCCUGUACUGUUCAUAUGUAAAAAGUGAGCUGAGAGAGCUACUAAAGCAACAUCCUUGUUUCCAAACCUACUAAAACUGUGUUACUCUAGUGGUGUAUGUUUUUUUCUGUAUUAUUGUAAAGCCUGUUGUAAAGCCUUUUACAUUUUAAUGUGGAUAGUUAGUAAGAUAAUUUAUUAAUUUAUUCAGUAUUUUUUUUUUAAAUAAUAAAAACAAACAAAAAAGCACUCUACUCACAUUAAUUUAUGCUUUGUGUCUUGGUUUGUGUGACGCAAUAUGCCACGUUAUGACUUUAAAUGGUAAAACAUGGUACACUUGGGAUAAACAUUGCUUAAUUGUCAUUACUGUAUUAUACCAGAAAACAAAUGUGGACAAUAAUAAACAAUAAAUUAUGAAGUGGA